AAGACAGGCUGACAGCAUUGGGGCUGUUCAGCUUGGAGAAGAAAAGAUUGUGGGGAGACCUCAUAGAAGCCUUCCAGUAUCUGGAGGGGGGCCUACAGGGAAGCCAGAGAGGGAUUCUUCAUCAGGAACUGAAGUGAUAGGACAGGGAGCUGCGGGUAUAAAUUGAAAGAGAGGAAAUUUAGGUUAGCUAUUAGGAAAACUUUUUUUUGUGAGGGUGGCGAGACACUGGAACAGACUGUCCAGAGAAGCUGACGAUGCCCCAUCCCUGGCAGUGUUCAAAGCCACACUGGAUGGAGCCCUGAGCAGUGUGGUCUAGCGGGAGGCGCCCCUUCCCAAAGCACAGGGGCUGGACCUAGAUGAACUUCAAAGAUCAGUUUCAGCCCCUUUCCGUCCUACGAUUCUACGAACGUCCAUAACCCGUGACAAACACGCGAUGUGGGGGCAGAAGCAGCCAGAGAGGAGCCGCGUCUGGGCUAAGACAGAGCGAGACCACGGCGGCCGAAGAGUUACGGGGCCGCAUGCGCGGGGCGGGGCGGUGCUCCGGGCGGGGCCGCUCGGGGCUGGGCCUCGGCGCUGCCCGCCGCGCUCUGGGGCUGCGGGCGGCGGUGGGAUGCCGGGCCGGGAGGCGGAGAUGCAUCCAGUCCUAAAGGCCUUUGUAUGCGGCUCCAUCAGUGGCACUUGUUCCACGCUCCUCUUCCAACCCCUUGACCUGCUGAAAACACGCCUGCAAACUCUGCAGCCUGCUGUGAAUGGGUCUGGUCGUGCUGGGAUGGUAACGCUGCUCUUUAGGGUUGUUCGUACUGAGAGUAUUCUGGGGCUCUGGAAAGGUGUCUCUCCAUCCUUUGCAAGAUGUAUUCCUGGGGUUGGGAUUUACUUCAGCACUUUGUACAUGAUGAAGCAAAAGUUUCUUGUGGACCGUUCACCCACAGCCCUGGAGUCUGUCUUCCUGGGUGCCGCUGCUCGUGCAGUUUCUGGGGUUUGCAUGUUGCCAGUGACUGUCGUGAAGACCCGGUAUGAGAGUGGAAGAUUUGGCUAUGGGAGUGUGUAUGGAGCCCUGAAGAGUAUCUAUCAGACUGAGGGGGCUCGUGGCAUGUUCAGUGGGCUCACAGCAACGCUGCUGCGGGAUGCACCCUUCUCUGGCAUCUACCUGAUGUUCUACACACAGACCAAAAACCUCACGUCUCAGGGCCAGCUGGAUCCAGUGCUCAUGCCCUUGCUGAAUUUUGGCUGUGGGAUCUUUGCAGGGAUCUUGGCCUCUUUGGCAACGCAGCCUGCUGAUGUCAUCAAAACACACAUGCAGCUGUCACCCCAAAAGUACCACAGGACAAGCCAGACCGUUGCCUUUAUCUACAAGGACUUUGGGCUGGUUGGCUUUUUCCGAGGCGGUGUGCCCCGAGUUCUCAGGCGCACUCUGAUGGCAGCAAUGGCAUGGACGGUGUAUGAACAGAUGAUGGAAAAAAUGGGCUUGAAAUCCUGACUGAGCUGCACGAGAAAGGACCGGCUUCACUCCUUCUCCUGCUUGUUGUGAUCAACUGGCACUGAGAAGUUCCCAGUUCCACAGUGGAAUAAGCCUUCCUCAGCCAGGAAGGAAGCCCUUCUGAGACAGGGCAUUAGGCCUUUUGGCAAGUAGAGGAGAGGAAGGAUUGGAUCUUUGCGUUGUUUGAUCAAUGCAUUCCAGAAGGACUGCACUUGCAGACUGCCAUGGGAAAUGGCAGGGUUUUCACAGCCUGGUAACAAUGCUGAGAAGCCCUUUUUAAAAAUAACUCUGUGCUCAUCACCUUUAUGCAGUGAGACAGUAUUAGAGCAAAAGUGUUUGAGGAGAAAAGAGUGAUGGUAAAACCUGCCAGAUUGUUCCUUGCGGGUGUGGCCAGAAAGGCCAUAAUGACCACCAUCUGAUAUAGACCCUCCUUCCUCAUAUGCUUUAUUCUCACAGGAGAACACUAGGCCCUGGUGGGAAACUGGAUGUGUGUCGUGAUGCUUAGAUUGCGGGAGUGGGUGGAGGAGAAAUGAAGUGCAGAGGAAAAGCUACAAACAUGGUCUCUGCAAUCACUUUUGUACUGUGGGUGAUUGCAGAGAAAGUAACUGGAACCGCCUUACUGUGUUAUGUGUUAUUAUGUUAUUGAGCACCUUAACAUGCUUGAAAUGUCCUUCGGCCUCUACAGCAGAGUUUGCACAGGAAUUAAGAAGCAUAAGGCACUUUAGAAUUGAUUGCUACCAAAGUUCUACUUGUUCUCUGAAAAAAAAAAAAAAAAAAAAAAAGCUGCUGGUCUAACUGCAGCAGAAACACUCAAGUGGGUUUUGUUGGGUUUUUUUUAUGCAGUUGUCAUAGAGACUUAUUUGCUUCCUAUUUUUUAUUUGUUAAUCCCUGAUCAACGCCCUCAUUAUGAACUGGUCCUUAGAUGUAGCUUUUAGGGCCGUGGCUUAUGAUGCAUAAAUGUAUAAUGGAAACAGAUGUAGAUACUGGCACUUCAGAUUUCCCCUAAAACAUCACCAAUUGCAUGUGCAGUAUGUUUUGGUUUGGAAAGAAAAGGUUGCUAUUUCUGUAAGCUUUCUCCAAAGUUUGAACCCUGUGGGUGCAUGGUAGUGACUUUUAAUUCCCUUAGGACUCUACACAGACCCUUCCUAUUUUCCUGGCUGAUCUUUUUCUCUUAUCAGGUAGUCGAUGUUCGAGUAUGCCUGAGUUUAAAUACUAUUUUCAUCCUCUGUGCCUUCUUACUCUUUCCUGCUGUGUUACUCAGACCUCACAGUGUGUGCCAAGUACAGCCUGAUCCCCCCUUCACUUGUGCCUCUGUGAUGGGUUGGGUCCCUUGCAGCUCUGUUAGCAUAGCCAUGAAGCUGGUGUGGAAGUUUGCUUCCUGUUCUGUAGUGUGCCUUGCAGAAGACUUAGCUUUGGCUUUUAUUUUCUUAAAUAUCUAGGGAUAUUGCAAUUCACUUCAGAACCAGAGCAUCUGUCUGUGAACAUGAAGAUACGACAAUGUAGCUGUAUGAACAACCAGUGCUACCUACCUGUUGUUCAUAAAUUUUAGAGUGUAUUUUGGACAAUCACUGCCUGCCCAGGCAACUUCCUGAGUGCAAGAACAGAGGGGAUAUGGGUUGUUAAAGGUGUUCUUUACCAGAUUUCAACUCCAAGAAUGCUGGAUGACUGAUGUAUAAGUUGAGGGAAGCAUAAGAGGACAGCAUGGAGGCUUGGAAAGUGCUGCCUGUUUUCAGACUCAGCCCUUUCUAUGAGGGGAGGCAGGAGCUCUGCAGUGCAGGAGUCUCCAAGAAUGGUGGUGGAGGGUUCUGUGUGCACAUCUACGUGUUAGCAACAGAGCACUGCCUCAAAUCAGGCGUGUGGCAUGUUAUUUGCUAAAUCCUAAAUGUGAACGCCUGUUCCUUUCUUGAGAGUGCAUGAAACCGUGGUAACUGCACAUCCUGCUUGUUUGCUGUCCUGAGCACUACUGACACACAGCUGGAGAGCCAAGUCUAGGAUUGGUGACCUGGCAGAAUAAGGUGGCAGUCAGAUGAGUUACCUCAUUUGUCCUUUAUCCCCCAUGUGUGGGAUCAAACUGGAAUUGUUCUGGGAGCCUGGAUUUAUUUGGUGCUUUAUAAAUCUGGCAUGUGAGUUGGAUCUGUUGAACGUCAUGGGCUGUGGUAGCCAAGGGCAGUGUGUGGGGUCACCUGCAAGGUGCUUCACACAUAUUUCAUUCCUGGUUUAGCAAUGGCAAAGCAAUGUGCAACCUGUGCAGACAGAAACUUAAGCUCUUAAAAAUGAGGCAGGCAAGCAAAGAAUGCAAGGUAAUAUGGAAUUAAAUAAGGUCCUCCUCAGAAACCUGAAUUUCAGGAGCACUUUGGCUGCUUUUAUGUCCCUGUACUCCUGCAUGGUCAAGUAACAAACGAAGAAGUAGAGAGUUUAUUUCCAUGUGCUAAAGUUUUAAGGUCCUCUGUGGGGUUGUUUGUUUGUUUUAAAUCUGGAAUUGGGCCUAAAGCAGUGUUGGCUUUUACUUUGGGAAAGUUUUUCCAUUCUGCUUUGGUGCUUUGGAGUAGAGUGAAAAACUAUAUGGUUUUUGGCUUGUGGAUUAACUUGGGCUCCUCUGGGUUUAAGAAAUAGAGAAUCUAAACUGCACUGUGUUUCAUCUACCAUUGGUGCUGCAAAUCCAAAAGCUUAUGUACUUGUGAGCUGGGGAGAAUGAAUUCUGUGAUGCAAGCUUGUUUGUUUCUCUUUGUUAUUUCUUCUGUCAGGUGUCAUAUAUGGGGAAAGGGAAAGCCUGAAGUUCUGCUUCACUCUGUUCUGAAAGCUUUAUCACAUGGUCAGGCAUAAGACUAUUUCUUGGCUCUGAUCCUUACUGUUCUUCACCCUCUUCCCCUCUUCAAAAACAUUCUGUUUCUGAAGUGAUUUAGUGAAGUUGCUCCAUGAUAGCUACAGCAAGUCACGACAAUCAAGUGCGUGGACUUAAAGUUUAGAUGUAUUCUCAUUGAGGUUCAAUGCUUUUACUUAGUAACAAAUUGUCACUGUACAACCUAAAGGUAAAGUAAAUCAAAUAAAAGAUCUGGACAGAGGUGAUUAAUCACCUACCACCAUCAUGCCAGCAAUUCAACACUAACAAUCUUGUCAGAUAAUCAUUUCCAAAGCCAUCUUGGCUUGGAUUCCGGAGAGAGUGGUAUGCUCCCUCUGUACACUUCAGGAUGGCACUGGGAUCCCUCUUGGACUGACCUCUCUUGCUGGCAAUGCACUGUUAGUGGUCGUGCACUGUCUCUGCUUGCCCCUGCAGCUAGGGCUAAGGACACAGCUGGCUGGCAUGUUGAGGCAGGCAGUGUUUAAGUGAGUUGUAAGGACACAAGAGAAAUAAUCUGAUUAUUCAUGCUUUAAAAACUUUGUUUCCACUCUUCCUGUGUGAUGAUUUGUUUAGGUUUUUUUUUUUCUCAGUCUCUUAAACAGAACUGGAGCUUUGAAACAUUACAUAGCUUUGAGUAUUGUGAAUCUAUAUAGUAUGUGUCUAUAUAAAAUAUUUAUGUGAAAAGGUGUAUUAUAUGUUUCUAUUAAAAACUGGUUGCAAAAAUUAA